UUCACCAAAAUCCUCCUUCCAACAUCACAAUUCAAAAUUCUCGAACAAGUUCCAAUCCAGUUUUCAAAUUUCAUCCGCUCCCCAGUUCGUAAUCUUCCCUAAUCAAGUUCCAAAAUGGCGCGAACUAAGCAGACGGCGAGGAAAUCGACGGGAGGCAAGGCCCCGCGCAAGCAGCUGGCCACCAAGGCUGCCCGGAAGUCUGCGCCGGCUACUGGCGGCGUGAAAAAGCCCCACCGCUUCAGGCCGGGGACGGUAGCGCUGAGGGAGAUCAGAAGGUACCAGAAGAGCACGGAGCUGUUGAUUAGGAAGCUCCCGUUCCAGAGACUGGUUCGAGAAAUUGCUCAGGACUUCAAGACCGAUCUUCGGUUCCAGAGCGGCGCCGUUGCUGCCCUCCAGGAGGCCGCUGAGGCCUACCUCGUGGGAGUUUUCGAGGAUACCAAUCUCUGCGCGAUUCAUGCCAAGCGGGUCACCAUCAUGCCCAAAGACAUCCAGCUUGCGCGUAGAAUCCGAGGCGAGAGGCUCGGGGGGAGUGAGCUUAUCAGAAGCCGAGCACAAAUGCAUCCCCUUGCCAUUGAUGCACCGCCGAAAGCACUAGAGCUCAUCAACCAUCUUAUCUCUCUCCUCCUACUCGCCUCCCUUUCUGUCAAGUUGUUCGUCGGGCAGUGGCGGGUUCUUUGGUCAAAAAUCUCGUCUCUCAUCUCUUGGUUGAAGCUUGAAGGAGGAGGAGAAGAAGAGGAAGGAGCAGGACUAGGGCAAGGAAGAUUGAGAACAGUAGGAGCUCGGGGGCCGCCAUGGAAGACCCAACGGAGUAGCCGAAUAGGAGGAUUGGAAGAGGCUGCCAUUGCCGAACAGGAAGAUUGGAGGAGAAGUUCCAAAAUGGCGCGAACUAAGCAGACGGCGAGGAAAUCGACGGGAGGCAAGGCCCCGCGCAAGCAGCUGGCCACCAAGGCUGCCCGGAAGUCUGCGCCGGCUACUGGCGGCGUGAAAAAGCCCCACCGCUUCAGGCCGGGGACGGUAGCGCUGAGGGAGAUCAGAAGGUACCAGAAGAGCACGGAGCUGUUGAUUAGGAAGCUCCCGUUCCAGAGACUGGUUCGAGAAAUUGCUCAGGACUUCAAGACCGAUCUUCGGUUCCAGAGCGGCGCCGUUGCUGCUCUCCAGGAGGCCGCCGAGGCCUACCUCGUGGGAGUCUUCGAGGACACCAAUCUGUGCGCGAUUCAUGCCAAGCGGGUCACCAUCAUGCCUAAGGACAUCCAGCUUGCGCGUAGAAUCCGAGGCGAGAGGGCUUAGAAAAUGGAAAUCUAAAAUGUACUGGUUAGCUACUAGAUGUUUUUCUGUUGGGUGUUUUUUGUUUAUCCAGAUCUAUUGUUAUGUACGCUGUGAAAGUGAGGUGUAUAGAAAGUGGAAUUUCAUCUUCAUCUA